AUGGCAUCCCCGCCACCCACCGCUGCCACCGGCGGUAGCCCAGGCGGCACCGGCAGCAGCUCCAAGAUGUCGCGCUAUGACCUCAUCAACCGUAGCGAAAAGGGCACCAGCGCCGCGGGCCUCCUCACCUUCGUCGGCCUGCGCGCCCUCGACCCCUUCCUGCAGUACAAGAUCCUCGCCGGGGGGUGGGGCGCCGCGGUCCUCUCCAGGCUCGGCCUCGCCGUCGUCGCCGGCCAGCCCGCCGCGCGCACGGGCGUGUCGCUGAUCGACGGCCUCGGCCUGUCCCUGCCGCAGCUCGUUGUCCUGGCCAUGGCGGUCGGCUCCGUCGCCAAGCAGGUCUUCUGGGUCGCGUACCUGAACAACGAGGUCUUCGGGCCGGGCCCCGCCGCCGUCGUCACCGUGUACAACGCGCUCUUCAACUCGGCCAACUCGCUCAUGCUCACGGCGGCCGCCACCUCGGCCGCCCUGUACGCCGGUGCCGGUGGCGUCCGCAUUCCCGGCCUCGGCUUCCUGCCGCUGCCCGUCGCCGCCGGCGCCGCCCUGUACGCCGCCGGCGUCACCGCCGAGACGGCCGCCGAGCUGCAGCGUAAGCGGUUCAAGGACGACCCGGCCAACAGGGGCCGCAUCUGCGACCGGGGCCUGUGGGGCCUGGUGCGCCACGCCAACUACGCCGGCUACGCCGUCUGGCGCGCGGGCUACUGCCUCGCCAGCGGCGGGUUGGCGGCCCUCUUCACCGUCGGCAUGCAGCCCUUUGUCGACUUUUCGACGCGGGCGAUCCCCACGAUGGACGAGUACAUGACGGGGAGGUACGGCGAGCGUUGGGCGCAGUACAAGAGGGAUGUGCCGUACAGGCUGAUUCCGGGGUUGUGGUAA